CCCUUCCACCACCAUCCUCGUCGUCCUCCUCCUCCUCCUCCUCUUGCCAGACAGACCCUGCCCUUUCCUUUGCUUUCUGUGGCUCCUCUGUGCGCGUUUGGGACUAUCGGACCGGACCGCGGGGUCGCACAAUGGCCGGCUUGCUGCCAUCGGGCCAGCGAUGCUGACGCCCCAGCUGCAUUCGUCCGUUGCUGCUCCUCCUGCUGCUGGGAUUUCAUGUCCCCCGCUGGCCUGAAGCUGCGUGUCCAUGGCCAAGCGCGAGAGCGGCGGCGGCGCCAGUCCGGUGGUGAGGCAGAUUGACAAGCAGUUCCUGGUGUGCAGCAUCUGCCUGGACCGCUACCACAACCCCAAAGUGCUGCCCUGCCUGCACACCUUCUGUGAGAGAUGCCUGCAGAACUACAUCCCACCGCAGUCUCUGACGCUGUCGUGUCCGGUGUGCCGGCAGACGUCCAUCCUGCCCGAGAAGGGCGUGGCCGCCCUCCAGAACAACUUCUUCAUCACCAACCUGAUGGAGGUGUUGCAGCGGGACCCCGAGUGCAGCCGACCCGAGGCCUGCAACGUCCUGGAGUCGGCCAGCGCCGCCACCGCCUGCCAGCCCCUGUCCUGCCCCAACCACGAGGGCAAGGUGAUGGAGUUCUACUGCGAGUCGUGUGAGACGGCCAUGUGUCUGGAGUGCACGGAAGGCGAGCACAGGGAGCACGUGACGGUGCCUCUGAGGGACGUGCUCGAACAACACAAGUCGGCGCUCAAGAACCAGCUGGACACCGUACGCAACAGACUUCCCCAGCUGGCGGCGGCCAUCGAGCUGGUGAACGAGAUCUCCAAGCAGCUGACGGAGCCCCGGCGCAAGAGCGCCCUGGUCGCCGAGGUGGACAACAUCUGCAGCGCCAAGCAGAAGGUGCUGCAAGCCCAGCUGACGUCGUUACUGCAGGGCAAGGAGAACAUCCAGAGCAGCUGCGACUUCACCGAGCAGGCCCUGAGCCACGGCAGCGCCACCGAGGUCCUCCUGGUCCAGAAGCAGAUGGGCGAGCGGGUCAGCGCCCUGGCGCGCCACACCUUCCCCGAGUGCCCGCACGAAAACGGCCACCUGGAGUGCCAGGUGGAGACGGACGGCCUGCGGCGCUCCAUCCAGAACCUGGGCGUCCUGAUCACCACGGGGGCCGUGGGCCACACCAGCGUGGCGACCGGCGAGGGCCUGCGGCACGCGCUGGUGGGCCAGCACACCACCGUCACCGUCACCACCAAGGACAAAGACGGCGAGCUGGUCAAGACGGGCAACGCCGCCUUGCGGGCCCGGAUCGUGUCGGCGGAGGGCGUCGCGGCCGAGGCCGAGGUGACCGACAACAAGAACGGCACCUACGAGGUGGGCUACACGGCCCGCGCCGAGGGCGAGUUCGCCUUCUCGCUGCUGCUCUACGAGCAGCCCGUCCGGGGGAGCCCCUUCCGCCUGCGCGCCGUCAAGCCCUCCGACGUGCUGCAGUCGCCCGACGACGUCAAGAGGCGGGUCAAGUCGCCGAGCGGCGGCGGAGGUCACGUGCGCCAGAAGGCCGUCAGGAGGCCCUCCAGUAUGUACAGCGCCACCAAGAAGAAGGAGAACCCCAUCGAGGACGAGCUCAUCUACAGAGUCGGAACGAGAGGACGCGACAAAGGAGAAUUCACAAACCUUCAAGGCAUCUCCACCUCCAGCAACGGUCGCAUUGUGGUGGCCGACAGCAACAACCAGUCCAUACAGGUGUUCUCCAACGACGGCCAGUUCAAGAUGCGCUUCGGGGUCAGAGGUCGCUCCCCGGGGCAGUUGCAGCGCCCCACCGGGGUGACGGUGGACAUGAAUGGUGACAUCAUCGUGGCCGACUAUGACAACAGAUGGAUCAGCAUCUUCUCCUCGGACGGCAAGUUCAAGAACAAAAUUGGAGCCGGUCGUCUGAUGGGUCCGAAAGGUGUGGCCGUGGACAAGAACGGACACAUCAUUACCGUGGACAACAAGGCCUGCUGCGUCUUCAUCUUCCAGGCCAACGGAAAGCUGGUCACCAAAUUUGGGGCCAAGGGAACGUCCGACAGACAUUUUGCAGACAAAAGCGGCGCAAAUGUAGCACUGGAACAAAAGCUGAGUAAAUCAGGACCAAUGUUCAGUAAGUACUUAAAAAAAAAAAAAAAUCAUCAUCUUUUGCCAGCUAGACCAACUCACCCAUUGUCUGUUUCCUUAGGAAACGGUAAGUUCAACGCACCCACGGGCGUGGCCGUCGACUCCAAUGGGAACAUCAUUGUGGCCGACUGGGGCAACAGUCGCAUCCAGGUGUUUGACAGCUCAGGCUCCUUCUUGUCCUACAUCAACACGACGGCGGACCCCCUGUACGGCCCACAAGGCCUGGCCCUCACCUCGGAUGGCCACGUGGCUGUGGCCGACUCGGGCAACCACUGCUUCAAGGUCUACCGCUACCUACAGUGACACGCCCACGCCACGAGAAGUCCACAGGGUGCAAUAAAACCUUCGGUCUCACACGUCGGCCAUGAGGCUCACGGUGUGCGCAAGGAAUUAAAAUAAAUAAAUCAAUAAAUCUCCAAGUUUGGUGACUUAGCUUCCGCCAAGGAGCAAGUGGCGGCUACACAGAUAGCUUGAUAGAUUCAAGUAUUAAAUGAGCCAUAAUUAUGUCCAAAUGCAUGCAAUUUGAUUUCAUCUCCGUAAUGAGUCGCAGUGUGGUUCAGUUAUCCACCGAGUAUUGGGGCCACACUCAAAAGAAAAUAAAUAGUCAACAACAACAA